AGAGAGGGCGAGAGGAGGAAGGCAGGAACAGAAAGGGGGGUGGGGGGUGGGGGGGAGAGAGAGGGAAAGACCGAGAGAGAGGGAGGGAGGAAGGAACAGAAAGUUUGUGUACAUAGACCUUUUUAGAAAAAGUGUUGCUGCACCUGGUAGCUAGCUUUAGUGACACAGAAAUGAGAGGUCCGAGCAGUGCUUAAAUAGCUCAGAAACAAUGGGAUAGUGCAGGAAAGUUAACAAUUAACAAUCUCAGUUUAAAUUUUAUAACUACAGAGAAUUGGAAACACAGCUGCCUCUCUCUUCAAUAAAAUCAGAAAGUCUCCUGGUUAAGGGAAGAAUUUUUGUUAACAUAGUUUCUGAGAAAUAAAAAGCAGCUCUGAAUUGAUUGGGUAUCAUGCAGUUAACGAGGCUGCUCAUAUUUAACUAUCUCUUCUCAUUUUAAAGGGAGAAACAGCCAGAGGGGUAGUGAGGCUUUCAAAAUGCUUUUUACUUUAUUUUUUUAAAUGAGGGUACAGGACAAAAAAGGGAGCUGAAGGCAUUCGAGUGAAGAGAAGCAGCAAGGAAGAUGGGUCUGCUAAGUGUGGAUUUGCUGAUCACGCUGCAGAUCUUGCCGGUUUUUUUCUCCAACUGCCUCUUCCUUGCCCUGUAUGACUCCGUGAUCCUCCUGAAGCACAUGGUACUGUUCCUGAGCCGCUCCAAGGCUGCGCGCGGUGAGUGGCGGAGGAUGCUCACCUCGGAGGGGCUGCGCUGCGUCUGGAACAGUUUCCUCCUGGACGCCUACAAGCAGGUUAAACUAGGAGGAGAAGCCCCAAACUCCAGCGUAAUUCACGUAGCCAAUGGUAGUGAUGGCAGCACUAACAGCUGGAAGAGUGUUGGUGGGAAGUGUGGAACCAAAUGCCACCUUCUGGAUUUUGCUAACUCAGAGAGACCACUGGUGGUUAACUUUGGUUCAGCUACCUGACCACCAUUCACAAACCAGCUGUCGGCCUUCAGCAAGCUGGUGGAGGAGUUCUCUGGUGUGGCUGACUUUCUGUUGGUCUACAUUGACGAGGCUCACCCAUCUGAUGGCUGGGCUGCCCCUGGAAUCUCCCCUUCUUCAUUUGAAGUUAAGAAACACAGGAACCAGGAAGACCGAUGUGCAGCUGCUCACCAGCUCCUAGAGCGAUUUUCCUUGCCACCUCAAUGCCAAGUAGUUGCUGACUGCAUGGAUAACAAUGCUAAUGUAGCCUAUGGUGUUUCAUUUGAGCGAGUGUGCAUUGUUCAGAGACAAAAAGUUGCCUACCUAGGAGGCAAAGGCCCCUUUUUCUACAAUCUCCAGGAAGUUCGGCUUUGGCUAGAACAAAAUUUCAGCAAAAGAUGAAAUCCACUCUUUACAGAAGAUAUAUCAACAGAUGUGUCCCUUUAAAGUGAUGUAAAAGGGAAAGAAAGAAAUUAUAAGCUGGUUUGAGUAAGGCCUUUUGAAUGACUGCAGGAUAACACAUUUGAUAACAAAGUCAAAUGAACAUAAACUAGGAAAAGAAAAAAAAAACCUAACUCCACAGAAAUGUUAACUGUAUGAAAAAAUCCCACUCCUGCAUUCCCUAUGGAACAGAAGAGGCUUCUGUGAAAAGAUGCAGCUGCUGAGCAGGAAGAGUGGUGAGAUGAGCUCCAUCCCCCGGAAGAAAUCAGUUGCAUGAAGUGUUGGCCCAAUGGUGAGUCAGAUGCCUUGCUUCCUGCAUGAAGUGUUGGGCCAAGAAUGAGUCAGACACAUUGCUUCCUGGAAGGCUCAUUUCUUCCUGGAAGGUGUUCCAUGGAAAGGCAAUGUCGUGCAUUUCAUCAGAGACACCUCCUUAUCCUCUUGUGGCCAAUGCAAGCAACUUGGGAGGAGCUGCAGGGUUUGCAAUUAAUUUGCAUAGAAAUGCAGUGGAGUGUGGCAAUUGUCUUUUUCUUUAUCAUGGUUUUAUUGUUCAGAGACUACAGGAACCUGCAAUGCACUCUGCAUGCAAAGUGGAUGCUCAGAUCAAGAUGAAACAUCAUAUGCUGGUAUUUAUACUCUUUAGGGAUGCCUCUCUGCACAGCAUAUUAACUAUGUAAUUCUAUCUGGAGGUUUACAUCCAUGUGUAGGCCUGUGCCUGUUGAGAAAGAUGUUAAAAUCUAUGGAGUCAGACCAAAAAGACAAAAAUGAUCAAAUGACCCCAUUGAUUCACUUAGAAAAUUUAAAAAGCUGGACUGUUUGUUACAACACACCAAGAAUUAUCCAGAAUGUGCAUCAAGAGACAAUAGCUUAGCUGAUGCCAACCCUCAGUUCUCAGAACUGACAACAUGCAUUUAUCAAUAUUCUCUGGUUUUCUUCUCUUUUUCCUUCCCCCCCCCCCCCCCCCCGCCCCCAGUCUCUUUCUGGCUUUAGAGAAACAAUAGCAAGAGGCUUAAAGGUAAUUUCAUUUUUAGCUUUUUUGAAAGUAACUUAUUUUUCACUCUCUUAUUAUUAUUUGCAGUAAUGACCGUACUGAUGUAUUUUGGGGAUGGAGGAAUUUAUACACAACUUUACCUCAUUGAAAUGGAAACCUAUCCAGCCAUUUACCUUGUUAAAUGUGGUCAUGCUGGUUUUAGUAUCAUAAAUACCUGCAAUAGGUAGUUCUGCUAUUGGAUGUAAUGGUGUAUACUUGUUUCAUGCAUGUUCUCAGAAGCCUUCUCAGUAAUAGUAAUGACAAAUAGUACGAAUUAACAUGAAUAUGUGUAAAAGAUGGCAACAUUUUCAUAGGAAUGGGUUUGAGAAGUAUUUUUAAUUAUGUUGAAGGAAAUAUUGUCAUUAAGUUUAGAUCUUUUUAAAACUCAAAUGAUUCAGUCAAGCCUGGUGAAAGAGCAAGUUUACAAUGAGCUAGGCCAUUAGAACUGGGAAGUGCAAAUCCAUAUGACAAGGUGAACUAUCCAAGUUUUCCCUCAACUCUGGCAGAAACAUGAAACAGAUAAACAGGACAAGUGACAAAAAUUAAAUUAGCUCUUAAUUUCUCAUCCUGCCAGUUACUAGAGAUAUGAUAUAUUAGUACUAACACACAAAAUAACAGAAAGUAUACACACACACACACACACACACACACACACAUAUAAAUAUUUGUGUUUUCGUAGUGUCCCUUCAAUGUUGUGGUCUACUUAGACAAUGUACAAGGUGCUUGGAAAUGUAUUUUCUAGCACAGAUCCGAAAUACUGACAAUAACAUGACUGAUUUCUCACAUGUUCAGGUUCAUACUUCCCUUCCUUCUCACAUUUUUUCUUCACACACAAUUAAGCAUGCAUACUUGCACAGUUAGGUAAAGCAUAUCAGAGAAGCUGGUAAAGAACAGUCUUCAGCCCUUUUGGUUAGCCCUGUUUGUCAAAAAGUGUGUGUAUGUGUCUAAAUAGAUAUAUGUACAUAUAUAUAUAUAUGUGUAUGCAUACAUAUAUAUGUGUAUAAAUUUUUAUCUAUGUAUACAUAUGCAUACAAACGUAAGUGGAUGUUUAAGGUCAAUAGUAAUUAUCAUUCUCUCCUUCCAUUCAUUAAUGUUACUGUAACUUAGUUUUCAGUGUGGAAGAUUAUUAUAUAUUUUUAUGACGUAUUGGGAUAUAUAACUGAAUUUUUUUAACUUAAUACCAUAGAAACAGUAACAUAGCCAUACUAGGUGGAUCCUUUGGUUUGUUUAAUCCACUGUCCUGCCUCUGACUGUAUCAAAUGCUUCAGGGGAAGGUGCAAUAAUUUCUUCUUGAAGUUUCAUUAGCUUCAGUCCUUAUGAUUUUUGUGCUGUCUAAUGUGCUAGUUGAUGUGUUACUCAUCCCUGUGAGGGGCUGAUCCAGAGGUUUGGGACUUAAAUAUUUUAAAUAUUUCUUGAGAUGAUAAAAUCUAAAAUCAAAAACCAUUCUGUUUAAAAAUGAAGAGAAACAAAGAAAAAAACAAAAAACCUUUUUGUUAGAUUUAAAUUGGUUGCUUUUCAAUAUCAUUCACAACUCUUCCUCUUGUAUGCUAAGAAAGUAUGAACAAGAGUGAUCUCUGUUUUCUCCUUGUGUCAGUGAUUCUGUACUUUAUAUAGAGAUUUAUAUAGUUCUUCUUGUUUGUUUCUUAAUCCAAACAAUGUUUCACAUACUUACACAGGUCCAUAUUUUUUAUCUGUCUCUGAAUCUCUUCUACUUUUGCUAUACUGUCCUUUUACUCAGGUGAGUAAAGCUGUAGACAUUAUUCCAGAAGAAAAUAUACACAAUGCCGCACAAUAAUCACCUUCUCCGUAUUACAUUUAUUCUAGUCUUAGUUUACCUGAAACUUCAUCAGUCCAGGGCAACUCCACAUGCUUUGUAAAACUUAAAAUUUCAAAAGUUCCAGUAUGAUGGGGAAAAUAAGAGAGAAUGAAAAUUCUUACAAGUUUAAUUGUUUGUUGGGGAAACGCUAGCCAGAUGUUUAACAGAGCUGUUGAAACAUACCUUCAGCUCAGAGGAGAGACUCUGAGUUAGUAAUUCAGUUGGUUAAUAUCCUUUUAUAUUUCUAAAGUUACACGGGUUUUUUAUGCCAGUUUCCUCCUUCCUUUUGGAUUUCCAUUAUUUUGUCUCAGUGAAAUAUCUUGUUAUUCCUAGAUGCCUUUUCAUUAUACAGUAUAAAGGAAUUACAAAAUUGGCUUCUGUAAAUUGGAAAUUCACAAGGAUUUUCCACAAGAAAAAAUACACAAUAAUUUCAUUUCUUUCUUGGCAACACGAAUACCUUACUAUGCCCAAAACUUAAAGAUGGUUCAACCUCAGUGGUUAUCAAGACAGGAAUACAUUUUGUAAAUCCUUAAAUUUUCCUCAGCAAAUUUGUGGUCAACAAGCAGGGGAAAAUAUUUUCAGUAGAAAUGGGCUUAGAGGGAAAAAUAUCUUUUGCAAAUGGCUGAUGAAAAUUCCAUAACUUUAUUUUUGUUGACAAAAAUAAAAAACAUUUUAUAGAAAAGCUUUUAUACUUCAUGGAUUGUUCUCAGUUAAUGAUAGAAUUGGACAUAUAUCAGAUAUCUGAAAUUAUUGUAACAGUGAGUUGUUCCAGGUCCACGCAGAAAUUCUACUACCUUGCUAGCAUAAUAUUGCACAACUCGUCUGGUCCAUUGUGAAGCUGUAUUUGCUUUUGUCUCUUUCUUUCAUUGUCUGAGAACACUAAACUGUGUUGUUUGAGAAGUUUCAGUAUGGCAUAUAUAUUGAGCAAUAGCUCAUACAAUAGUUGCCUGAAAGUAUUCUGGAAAGCUACUAUAUAUAAUAAAGACCUCAAUGCUAUGUCUCUACAUUAGUAUGGGAAACUUCUAGUGCUUUUCCUUCAUUUCCAGCAAGCUAGAAGUUAUUCUGGGAUAUCAUUCUACAUUUUUUUGUGUUUAACAUCAUUAUUUAGCACUGUAUAAAAUGAACGUAACACAUUCUGUACAGAUAAAAAUGAUUGCAUUUGCUCUUGCUUGUGUAGGCAAUGACAUAAAUUCUAGGCAGCAGGAAAACAUGCCCUGCCUUUUAAAAAGAAAAGUAUCUAUUCCAAUAUAUAUUGUUGCAUAUAAUGUCUAAAUACUUUGAAAAACAAAAUGCAAUCAUUUUUAUGAAGGUGAUCUUGGCAGAAAAAUCCACAAAGUUUCUCAAAAAGAUGUCAGUGCUAUGCAAUGUUCAGGUAUGCGUGGGGAGGGAGGUUAUGUUUCUGUAUUUGUGAAAGUGGCUUUUCUGUGAUACGGAGUGUAGAUUUAAGGGGUUUCAAGACUUUCAUCCAGUACUAUAACCAAAGCAAUAAGAGAAAUCAGGUAGGGAAUCAGGCCAGUUUUGUUCAGCUCUAUGCCAUGUGAGUGCUGGAUCCAUAUUCAAUGGAUGGGUCCAAUUUAGAGGCUUCAGGAAGGAGAGAUGGAGGUGAGACUUGAAUGUUUGUGUGCUUAUGAAGACCGCUAACAAAAGAGUACCUAACUCAGUUGGCGUUCAGAUGCCACCACACUGGCAUUCCUCUCUGCACCUUAGUGUCUCUAUGUUUGAAAGGUCUCUUUGGUGGCCACUAAUAAGAGUGUCGGGGUAUAGAUGUUUGUGUGUACUGACUAUGUGUGUGUCAUUGUUUAAAAGUCAAAAAUACACUUUGUAGGAGAGCCAGCAAACUUUUGUUACAAUAUGGUGCUCCAUGAAA